CACGGUGAGUUGGUAUAGCGGCGUGGUGACGUGGAGGAGAUUAUUUGAAAAACCCUAGCUUCGUCACAAAGAAUGGACUCUGAUGAAAGUAAUACAGUAAAUCGUGGUAGAGGCAAAAACAAACGACCAUGGAAAGAGAUGGAAGAUGAGAUAUUAGUUCAAUGCUUAAAGGAGUUAGCCACUGAUCUCCACUGGAAAGGAGAGAACGGAUUUAGAAAUGGUUACUUCGGACGUUUAGAGAAAAUGAUUACUGAAAGGCUACCUGGCUGUGGUUUGAGGGCUAGCCCGCACAUUGAGUCGAGAGUAAAGUAUUUAAAACAAAAAUAUUGUGCAAUUACGGAGAUCUUAUCAAAAACAGGCGUUACAUGGGAUGACCAAAGAAAAAUAAUUUCAUGUGAUAAAAAGUGGUAUGAUGAUUGGUGUAAGAUGCACGAGUCUGCCAAAGGAUUAUGGGGGAUGCCUUUUCCACACUUAGAUGUUCUUGCAGAAAUCUAUGGAAAAGACAGGGCAACUGGAGAAGGAGUUGAAACAUUUGUAGAUGCAGUGCAUAAUAUAGAAAAUGAAGAAGCAAAUCCUAUGCUAGCUUAUAUAGAAGGAGGAUGUCCCAAUGUUGUAGAUGAUGAUAAUGAAAAUGAAACCCAAUCAGCGGAGAGGGCUGCUUCAAGUAGUUCAAGAAAGGCCAAGAAACAUAAAUCCAAUAAAGAGAAAGAAGCAAAAGAUCCUUUACAAGAGUAGGUGGAGUUAUUUUCUAGAACUCUUGGACCAUUCAUAUCUCGAAUGGAGACACACUUUGCAACUAUGGCUAAUGUUAUGACACGAGAACAGGAAAUGGCAGAGAAGAGUACUGCAGAAAAUAAUACUGCUAGGGUAGUGGUAGAGUUACUUGCUUUAUCUUUUAAUAGUAACCAAAUUAUAAAAGCAACUGAUAUUUUU